AUGACUAAAGUGGCUAACCAGGCAAUGAUACUUACCGCUACUUCAACAACCUCACCAACAACUUCAGAUGAUUAUAGAGGAGUUACGUUAUCUUCAGUAACUUCAUUAACUAUUAACCCUAAACCCAUGUUACAAUUUAAUUUACAAAUACCUUCAUUUACAUCCCAAGCUAUUCAUAGAAACAAUGUGUUUGCAAUUCACUUAAUGAAACCCAACCUAGAAAGCGUGCAACUAGCCAGAUUAUUCAGCAAAGGAGCAGUUAAAGUACCCAUUACAAAAGUUGUUGAACCCUUUAUUGAAAGUAAUCCAGAAUUGAGAAAAGAAGUUAAGGAGUCCGGCUUACAAAAAUUUUUCAAGAAAAUUAGCGAGAGAAAUAUUGGAAGUGGCCCAACAAAAAUAUCAAAUAGAGAUGAUUUUAUUGCUGCCAAUGUUAAUGAUUCCAAACCCACCACCACAAUGUUAACCCAAUCUCAUCAAAUCGUGCCAUUCAAACCAUUUAAAUUGUUGAAAGAUAAUCAAUAUACUAAAUAUCCAAUAGGCAUAACCUCUCUGCCCCUUUUAAAUGUUUGUGACUUGGUUUUUAUUUGCACAGGAACUUUUAAUUUUAAGGUGGGUGAUCAUGAAAUAUGGGUGGGCGAAGUUCAAGAUAUAUUAAAUGGAGAUAAAGACUUAAAAAAAAUAGAAAUUGUUGAAGAUGAUAAGAAAAUAACUGGUGGAUUAGUUUAUUGUGACCGAGAAUUUAAAAAGGUUGGUUCUAAAAUAUAA